CAACACGUCGUCAGCCCGUAUGUCAGCGCCAUUUAUCUCUUUCUCUCCCAUCUACUCUUUUGUUGAUGUCUAUGCUCAUGGUUUGCAAAUCAAAUCCCCGUCGCUGAGCUCUCUUGUCUCCACCAAGCUUGAAGAAGCCAGUGUUUUGAACUUCUGAGACUCCAAGGCCCACUGUGCACUGAAGGGUGGUUGUCCGUGUUCUAUAUCCGUUCCACGGCAUGUCUACAGAAGAGCCAACCACGGCGCAGCUUCAGAGCACCGUCUCCAAGCCGCCGAAAGUAUUCUCUUGUGUUCUUUGUGCCCAACGCAAGGUAAAAUGCGAUAGAAAGCAACCAUGCUCCAACUGCAUCAAAGCUGGUAUUAGUUGCACUCCUGGGGCCCCGCCGAAGCCUAGAAGCCGCCGCAGACGAGUCAUCGAGACUGAUGUGGCUGCACGGCUUCAGAGAUAUGAGGAACUCCUGCGUCGCCACGGUAUUAAGCUCGACGAGCUUGACGACCCCGUCAUCUCAGCCCGCCCUGGUGUAGCCAGCGCCAGUGUGGAUGGUGCCAACUCAAGUCAUAUAUCCGCUGUUGUUGGAAAGGAUGGAUUACCACUUUACGCGCCCAAUAAUCUCUGGUCAACACUUAGUGAUGAGAUUCUUGACGCUUCCUCCGACGACGAGAGAGACCUGGCCAUUCGUGUAGCGAAUCAGUCUCUUGACAGCGAACCAAGCACCCCUCCCAAGAUUGAACUUGAAUUAUUUGAUCUCGAUACGCCGCUUCCUGACCUGAGCUCUCUGCAUCCUGAGCCACUUCAGAUAUUCCGACUUUGGCAGACAUUUUUGGAUAAUGUCCACCCACUAACGAAGCUAAUACACGCGCCAUCAAUCCAGCAAGAGAUAAGCCGCGCAAGUGGUUCGCCUCAAACUUUUACCAAACCAAUGCACGCCUUGAUGUUCUCAAUAUAUAGUUGUUCAAUAGCCUCGAUGAGAGACGAGGAUUGCAUGGAAAUACUAGGCGAAGACAGAGCAUUGGCUCACCGACGCUUUGCUGGUAUUGCAAAGAAGGCCCUCACAGUCGCGGGUCUACUCACGACACGGGACACGAUGGUGUUACAAGCCUUUGUGUUAUUUUUGCUUUCCAUCCGUAAUGUUUAUGAUGCACAAGAUCUAUGGAUUCUUACUGGUGUCGCUGUCCGCCUCACUGAACGGCUCGGACUCAAUCACGAACCAUUAUUGGAUUCGCUUUCCGUCUUCAAUGCCGAGUACGGACGGCGAAUCGUUUGGCAGAUAGCCAUUUUGGAUGGGCAUACAGCAGGUCGAGCACGAAUAGACACCUCUCGCACUCUAUACCGAGGGGAUACCAAGUUUCCCCUAAACGUCAAUGAUGCUGACCUGGAUAUCAAUAUGCGGGAACGACCCCAAGAGCAUCUUGGAGUUACAGAGAUGGUAUUUUGCCUGAUCAGAUGUGAAUUCGGCAGCCAGCUUCACAAUCAGGCCGCCAUUGAAGGGAAUAAUAUGCUGCGUUUGCUAGGCAACCCCUCCACUCCUGUCGCCGAGAAGGAGACCUUCAUCAGCAAACUGGAGAGUAUUUUCGAGGAAAAGUAUGUAAAGCACUGCGAUCCAGCCAUCCCGCUCCAGCUAUUAGCGAUGGUGAUGGUUAAGGUCAUGUUCGGCAGGCUUCGGCUUGCUGCUCGCCACCCACGAAGGUUUCGAGACCGGGGGGCAACCAUGUCACAGGAGGAGAAAGACUCUUUGUUUGCUAUAUGUCUCAUGAUGAUCGAGUACGAUAACCAGGGUCACAGGCUCCCUGGGAUGCACAAAUUCAUGUGGCAUGUCAAGGCCAACUUCCAGCUAGAUGCAUUUGUCUACAUUCUUAAUGAAUUGCGCCACAGCAGCGUCGGCGACAGGGCUGAUCAAGCGUGGCGGGAGAUUUUGGAAUGCUUCGAACACCACAGUGACGUUCUCACUGAUACCAAGAACCCGCUACAUGUUGCAAUUGGAAAUCUUGCACUUAAGAGCUGGGGAGCCCGAGAGUCGAUGCUUGCACAUUUGGGGCAGACACUCCCAGACGGGGAGGUUCCACGUCCAAUUUCGGUUUUGCGAUCGCAACGGUCAGUUGGCGUCAGCCCAGGGAGCUAUUCGAGUGUUUCUGAUCAACGAGUUGCUGGUGAGCCAACACAGAAUCAAGCAUUCCAGGUGGCAAAUCCAACGCCUUUCGACUCUAUGGACAGUACGCCGAUAGACUGGGAGUAUUGGAAUGAACUAAUAAAUGCGUCGGGCAUAAUGAUCGACGAGACACAGUAUCAGCAGCCUAUGUACGAUGCGAGGGCUAUGAAUGAUUGGAAAUAGGGCUGCAUAUGCAGGACUGGGAUGGUUAUAUAGUUGAUUUGUAUGCGAUGAACAAUGUCCCCACCACAGCGGAGUAUAUAUAUUACAAAGUGUGGAAUUGUCGAAAAAUAUACCUAAUUCUCCUCUCUCC